ACCUGGCCUCCGUCGUCUCUCUAAACCUUCAUGAUGGAGAAGCGUUACCCAGUGAGUACAUACUGCUGCCCUUGCUGAAGAGCGGCGCCUGGCCCUCCGUUGUCGCGGAAAGCUCUAAAUCUCAAGUCAGCGAAGACCAGCACGAAGCCCAGGGCAUACAUGGGAGAAAUGACUGUGCAGAGGAGCCCCGUGAAAGGAAUCAGGGCGGGGAAACCUCUAUCCAGAUUCCAAAUCUGACGCUGUUUCAAAGCCGUCUUCCCAAAGGACAUGCAUUCCGGUGCUGCGAGCAUGGGGAAACCUUCAUGGGCCACUCCUCAUGGGAUCGUCACAUCAGGUCUCACACAGGAUGCAAUGCCUAUACCUGGGGUCAGUGUCCUGAAGCCUACAGUUGUCACGUUACCGUCACUGCCCCGCCGAGAACGAUUAAAAGUGAAAUAGCCCACGAUGAACAGGCAUGGGGGAAAGGUUUCACUAGUUCGUCCACGCUGACAAAUCUAGUGAGAACGAGCAGCAGCGGGGUGUGUGACGAGCGCCACAAUUGUGGCGAAGAUUCCUGUGGUGACCCCUCCUUGUGGACACCUGUGAGAAGUGAUGCGUGUGACGGCAAAGAAAGUCCUAAGUCCCAUCGCCGUCCUUCAUCCCCAGGCUUACGUGAAGCGCUUCACGGGUUUGAUGGGUCUUCCUCAUCGAAGGAAUGUGAGAAAGCGUUCCGCGCUUCCUCGCCCUUCGCUCAGCAAAUGCUAGUUCACAAAGAAGAGCGGGAUUAUGAACGUCAGGAAUACGAUCAAACCUAUGCUCCGUGUCCAAAACUUACCGUCCACCCACUUGAUGAAGAGAAGCCUUGUGGUUAUAAGGAAUUUGGGGCAACUUUUGGCUCUUCCUCCAACCUCGCUCAACACAUGCAAACUCACGGCAGAGAGAGGCGGUACAACUGCAAGGAAUGUGGGAAAACUUUCGGUCGAUCCUAUUGCCUCUCUGAACACAUACGGACUCACACUGGAGAGAGGCCUUACGAAUGUAAGGAAUGUGGGAAAGCCUUUACCACGUCCUCAAACCUCAUUAUACACAGAAGGAUUCACAGUGGGGAGCGGCCUUACGAAUGUAAAGUCUGUGGGAAAGCCUUCCGACGCUCCUCACACCUCACUACACACCUAAGGACGCACAGUGGAGAGAAGCCUUAUGAGUGUAAGCAGUGUGGGAAGACCUUUGGUUGUUCCUAUUACCUCUCGGAGCACGUCCGCACUCACAGUGGAGAGAGGCCGUAUCAGUGUAAGGAGUGUGGGAAAGCCUUCCGACGGUCCUCACACCUCACGAAUCACCUUAGAACGCACAGCGGAGAGAAGCCAUAUGAGUGUAAGCAGUGUGGGAAGACCUUUAGUCAGGCGGCAGGCAUCGCGAUACACCGGAGAACUCACCUCGGAGAGAAACCGUAUGCGUGUAAGAAAUGUGGUACGGACUUCCGUGUGCUCUCCGCGCUCACGACACACAUGCAGAUUCACAGUGGAUAGAGCCUGACGAAUGUGGGAAAGCCUUCCGUCCUUCUCAGCCCUUGCUCAUCAUGUGUGAACUCACGGUGCAGGAAAGUUGUCUAAGCGCACGGAACGUGGGAAGGUCCUUUGGAUUCCUCAUGCUUCGCUCAACAACAUACAAGCACUCACGUCCGGAGUGAGACCUGGUGAGUUGUGAGGGGUUUGGGGACAUCCUUAGGCAAGACAGUAACCUUGCCACACACUGAAAAAGCCUCUACGUGGGCACCUUACGGAUGCAAGAAACGUGGGAACAUCUUAAGGCACGCCAGUAACCUCAUUGCCCAUAAAAGCAGCCACAGCAAAGAGGCCCUAGGAAUCUAGGUGGCGUGGGUAAGAAUUUGCUUAUUCACUGCUUCUGGCUUACUGGAAUUCACCAUGGGAAAGAUUAUUGUAGGUAAAGAGUGGGGGCUUUCAUCCUUCCUGCUAUAAAUAUAAAUAGCAAAUUUCCUGAAAGUGCAUGAGGGAAGAACGAAGCUUCCCGGUGAGUAAGAACGAAGGCUGCAGAAGGGGGGAUAAUCCCUCGCUCGUGCCUGCAGCAAUGUCAAGGUGGGUCUUGUCUGACCACCUCUGGCUUCAGUAGGCAGAAGGAGAGUCCAACACCGAAUCAGCCCAAGGCCAAGUGCAAUAACAUGGGGCAGUUAGGCCUCCACCCUCCAUCUUUUUUUUUUUUUACCCUGUUCUGACAGGAGCCUUUCUCCCCACGGUGCCCUCCUGCCCUGCUGGGUUCUGUGAUCCAUAGCAGUGACCACACACACAGAAUUCUCAACCAGGAGGGGAAGUUGACUGAUGGUCACACAUCAGGAUGAGCAGACUGUGGAGGAUACAGUUUUCGAUCCAUAGCGGGACCUCUUAGCCACUCGUCGAGCCUGUCUCUGGUUCUCGUACUGUCAGUAACCCCUUCCCUUGGCCUCUUCGUCCUUGGGCCAUGAAGCCCAGCUGCUGCUCUGCCUCCCUGCUACCUCUUCUCAGCAGUGGGACUCCUCUGCUCAGGUCCCCCAGACAUGGCCAUGACUUCUGCUGCCUUCGCCACGUAGGGCAGGGCUCUUGAAGUGCUUCCUUGGCGGCUGUUCCUCCUUCAUGGGCCCAGUAAUUCUCUCUGUUCCUGCUGGUUCUCCUAUUUCCAUGUGGGGGAUCUGACCAAUCUCCGACUUAUAGCCCUCUAUACUUUAUGUUGACGGCACCACCCAACCAUUGGGUGGGUGUUAAUGAGACGUGGCUAAACCAAAAAUCCAGACACUGCCAUCCAGUGGGUGCUGACUCACAGCGACCCUGUUGGGGAGGGUAAAACUGCUCCUCUGGGUUUC